GUUCUGUCUCACGUUUUGGCUGUGGAUCUCAUUGAGGUUUGCUGUUGGGUGAGGUUUUUUUGCUUUAGGAGCUGAGCAAUGAGUCGUAAUGAACAUGGGUGCCUGCUGAGAGGGGUUCAGGCUAUAAUGUGGCAUUGGUUUCCCACAGGGAGAUCCCAUAGCAGUUGUGUUGGGGCAGGUGGGGAAAUGACUGCUAAUAAAGGACCUUCCUUCCAGCUCAUAGCACAGUGCAGAUGGAUGGAUAUCUCAGAGCUCCUCCAGCCACUCAGGAACAGCCCUAUGGAGGUAAGUUGUGUUGGCUUGGGGUUUUGUUCUCGUUGUAUUCUCUCAGCUGGUACCGCAGGGUUAUACACUCAGUUUACCUAAAGGCUUAUCCCUCCUGCCCCCCAAAUUGUUUCUCUUUACCCCAGUUCUGCAGUGACUCCAUUGCAUUUGAUGAACCCCCUCCGUUACCCAUCUGGGCUCCAGAUCCCCCUUAGAACUGAAUGGAGGUAAAAGUGAGGCUGGAGCGCUCCCUACUGGCCGCCCCAAGGUGCCUGCCCCAAAUACAGCUUUAAGGCUGGCUUUAAGAGCACCCAUGUGGGUCAGCACAUCCCUUAUGUUGUGUUCACAGAUCUCUGCUCUGAUCACAAGUCCUUGGUUAUGUCCCUUUUCUAUAGGGACCAGCAGUGUGACCUCAGGAGGUGUUGAGGAGGAAGCUGCUGCAGCCCAUAUAGAAGAGCUGGAGGUCCAGCAGUGCUUUGGGAGGCUUUGUCUUCAUUGUCAGCACACAGUCAGACCCAGCUCAGCUCUGGGGCUGCUGCCAUCGCACAGGGAAUGAAGCACGACCUGCAGGUCCAGUUCAGUCACCUUCCUUUGUGUAUGUGUCGGGGAAGCAGCCCAGGCCAUUCCAGUGCUGAGGAGCUCAUAAAGCAGGAGGAGGAAUCUCUGGUAGCGUCGGGUGGCAUAUUGGAUUUAGAAAUCACUUUGAGUGACGAUGUGUUCUGGUUCAUUAUCUGUUGAAUCAGCCCUGGACAUCCCUGAGCAUGAAAUGGAUGCGUUUACAUGGUUUAAAGUCACAGGGCUCAUUCUGUAUAUGGUUCAUAGGGCCAUGCUGCUGUUGUGGCUGGUUACCUGUGCCUUCAGUAGAGGGAAGCGGUGUUGAUAUAAGUGUGUGUUCCCCAUAAAGCCCAGCACUAAUUAUGGGCUGAGCCCUUACAUUAUGACCCUCGCUAUGCAGGAGGCUGUGCAGCAGUCCCAGAGGCUGUGGUCUAUAGUUUAUACUGUGGUUUAUAUGUGGUUUAUACAAACUCAUUUCUUGGUCCUUAACCUUCGUGUCUUGCUAAAGGAGGAUGACAAGUGGACCUUCCCCUUUGUGAUAUGGUGAUAGCUGCUGUGCCUGGUUAACUGCUGAUAAGAGAAUAAAUACUUCACGUCCCUAUUUCUUGUUCCUGGGCAUUAUGAGCCGUCCUUAUGAAACAUUGAUGUAGCCCAGAAGCAGCACCCAGGUAGCAGAUGCUGAUCCUCUUUUAAUAAUUAAUAGCAAUUAAUUAAUAAUACAGUGAUUAGAGGCGGGGAGCAGGACGGGACCCCAAGCGGUGUCCCCUGCUCCGGGCGCGCCGGCGCCAAAAGGAGGCGGGAUCGGCGCGGGAGCGCGCUUUGCCGCUGGCCAAUCACAACGCGCGGCCGUGCUCCUUGCAGCCAAUGAGCGUCGGGCUCGUACCCCGCGGCCGGUGGAGCCCCGCCGGGCCCAGCCCCGCCCGGUGCCGGCGCUGCCCGUGGGCCGGUCCCGUGCAGCCGCGUGACACAACGCAGCCGCGUGGGGUGGGAGGGAGCCCGGCUGAGCGGGGUCUCGGUUCCCGUGAGCAGCGCCGAGGCCGCUGGGCAGAGCCAGAGGGAUGGUGGUAGUCACAGGGCAGAGCAAAGCGAGCGGAGACCCGGAUGAGGCCAUGUCGAGCUCGGAUGCAGAGGAUGAUUUCCAAGAGCCAGCCACUCCCACGGCCACGCAGGCGGGACAGGCGCUGCCGCUGCUGCCCCAGCAGUUCCCAGAAGUCGUCCCACUGAAUGUAGGAGGUGCGUAUUUCACUACAAGGCUGUCAACGCUGCGGCGUUACGAGGACACCAUGUUGGCGGCGAUGUUCAGCGGGAGGCAUUACAUCCCCACGGAUGCUGAAGGCAGAUACUUCAUUGACAGGGAUGGAACUUACUUUGGAGACAUCCUUAACUUUCUGCGAUCUGGUGACCUGCCGCCAAGAGAGCGAGUGAGGCCAGUUUACAAGGAAGCUCAGUAUUAUUCCAUAGGACCGUUGCUAGACCAUCUAGAGGACAUCCAGCCUCUGAAAGGAGAGAAAGUUAGGCAAGCUUUCCUGGGCCUAAUGCCGUACUACAAAGAUCAUUUGGAGCGGAUAAUUGAAAUAGCAAAGCUUAGAGCUGUGCAAAGAAAAGCAAGAUUUGCCAAACUGAAAGUCUGUGUCUUCAAAGAGGAGAUGCCCAUCACUCCCUAUGAGUGCCCACAUUUCAAUUCUUUACGUUUUGAAAGAAGUGAAAGUGAGGCCAAGCUGUUUGAACAUCACUGCGAGGUGGAUGUAUCGUUCGGACCUUGGGAGGCUGUGGCUGAUGUCUAUGACCUUCUGCACUGUAUUGUGACAGACCUGUCUGAUAGAGGGAUAACUGUGGAUCAUCAGUGUAUUGGUGUGUGUGAUAAACACCUGAUAAAUCACUAUUACUGCAAACGUCCUAUCUAUGAGUUCAAGAUCACUUGGUGGUGAGUUCUUUAGUCCAGAAUGGUGCAGGAGAUGAAAGGACUUCUAGAUGACAAUUGCUUUGAAUAUUUUUGUCUCUGGAAAUGCAUUGCUGCUAACGUAUAUUGGAAUCAGUCUGCUGAAACGUCAGCCAGUGCUUAGCUGGUCAGCAGAGAGGGACCUGCCACAGAGGUUAAAAAACCUCUGCAAUAUUCAACCAACCAAACAGCCUGAAACAAGACUGUUGGCUCAGGUACCUUAAUGAGGCACAAAACAAAAUCACCUCAUGGAAAUGAUGGAGAGCAGUGUCUAACCUUUAUGUUUUAAUGUGCCACCUACUGUGUGGCUGCAGUCCCGUUGUCUGCAAAGUGGAUGGCAUGGAUCUCAGCCUCAGGUGCUAGGAAUGCUGACAGGACGUGGUUCCAUUUUACCCACUUCAGAGUGUUUCGGUCACUACAUUCAGCUUGUCACUUUAUGGAUUGAGUAACACCCCGCACUGAGAUCCUGCAAGUGUAACUUUGGUGUCAUAGACAAUUAAACCAAUAGAGGAGUAUUGUUGUGAAGAUGAAGCUAUAUGCAUAUUUUCUAAAUUAAGAAUCCUGCGUUGUGAAGUACAAUAUUUAGUUGUUUCUGUCGUUAUUAAGAGGAACAGCAGAUUGGGAAGAAUAUUCCUUAUUGCUUUUUGGAUUAAUUACUGUUCAUGAAGGACUGGUGCCUGUUUUUAGCCUUAGAAAUUCUGAAUGUUUACAGUACCUACAAAAAGAAACUCUAUAGAAUCAGGACUAUCUGCAGAGGCUUCUGGUGAAUGAGUAACUCCGUGUGUAUGUUCCUAUUAGCAGAAGUAUUAAGAGUAUUUAACGUGUAUUAUUUUAUUACUGAUUCUUUUUACAUUCUGUGCUAUUAAACUUUGUUCUGGAGCUGGUCAAGUCAUGAUACGACACAAGUGCUUCGUUCCUCACUUCCAUCAUUCAAACCAUCAUCUUCCAUCAUUCCAUCAACAUUCUUGCUGACACUUUGUGCAAUACCAGCCCAUUUUGUUCAUCCCUAUCCUGAUAUUUCUCCAGUUACCCAUUUCUAUGUGUCCAAAACUGAAGGAUAGAUGGAGCCAUAUGAAGAUGCUGCUGUUUGGGGCUCUGAAAAUGCAUCUGUUGUCCAAAAAGACCCAACUUGAGGCAGCCUCACAGUGACCUUAUGGAGGAAGGGGAAGUUUGUCUGCAUAUUGUGUCCCAUUGGCUUCGCUCAUCCAAGAUUCUUAAUUAAACAUCUGACCAAAAGACUUUACAGAUGUACUAAUGGCGAUACUAAAAGGCAUCACUCACGUGAGAAUAAUGAUUAAAAACUUGAUGAUAAAAUGUAUAGAAAAGGCUGAUGGUUUGCAUUGAUUGAUGUUCACGCUUCUAUGCGGUUAAGGAAUUGCUAUUAAAUUGCCUCUCAGAGAUGGGGAUGUAAAGCUCUUAUGAGCCCUUUCCAAGUGUUUAUUUGGAAUAAAGGCUGCCAGGUGCUGA